GGAGAUGACCGAAAACUCCGCUCGUAACCUCACCAAGACGACCAGUAGUCGCCCGCAGAGGCAGGUUGGAUAACCUCGUUACCCGUAGCUUUAGGUUUGCAUAGACUAGCCGCUUUAAUUUACCCGAGGACCGUUUAACUCACUUUUAAACCCGCGAUAUUGCCGUCGAGCUAACUUAGCGGCGGUUGAGCUAACCGGAGAACAGUAACAUGUAACGAACGUGAAAACGGCCAGUGCUACAGUUAGCUAGCCGCUUAGGUCAGUUUUAUCGUCCGUCUCUCGUUUGCUUAGCGUUUACUUCUUCGCUCGGUUUUUCCAGCCGAGUAGCAGGCAGGUAGGACUCACACCGAGGCUGGGGGCAGAGCAAGAUGUCUCGGAGACGGCUUGACAGUCGCAGCGGACUCGCCGCCGGGCUGCUCGGAGAAACUCAGACCCCGGUCAGCGCGGAGCCGAUGGAGAGCGUGUAUGAAAUCACCGGAGAGCUGGGGAGGGGGAAGUUCGCUGUGGUCAAGCGCUGCGUGGAGAAGGCCACGGGGAAAGUGUUUGCGGCCAAGUUUCUAAGAAAGAGAAGGAGAGGUCGUGACUGCCGGGCCGAAGUCAUUCAUGAGAUGGCUGUCCUGGAGGCUGCCCGUAACAACGCCCGGGUGGUCAACCUGCACGCCGCCUACGAGACGGAUCACGACAUCGUGUUGGUGCUGGAGUAUGCGGCGGGUGGAGAGAUAUUUGACCACUGUGUGUCUGAAGAGCUGCUGCCAGAAGCCCAUAUCACCCGUCUGAUCAGGCAGACACUGGAGGGAGUCCACUACCUCCACCAGAGCAACCUGGUUCACUUAGACCUCAAGCCCCAGAACAUUCUCCUGACCAGCCUGUCCCCUCCAGGAGACAUAAAGAUUGUAGACUUUGGCCUGGCACGCAGACUGGGUGCGGUUGGAGAGCUCAGAGAGAUUCUUGGCACACCUGAAUAUGUGGCUCCAGAGAUCCUCAAUUAUGAACCAAUCACAACAUCAACUGACCUGUGGAGUGUGGGCGUCAUAGCAUACAUGCUGGUGACGGGUGAAUCUCCGUUCGCCGGGGACGACAAGCAGGAGACGUAUCUGAACGUGUCCCAGGUCAACGUGGACUACAGCAGGGAGGCCUUCUCCAGGGUGUCGGAGCUGGCCGUCGACUUCAUCCGCAAGCUGCUGGUCAAAGCGCCCGAGGAUCGGCCCAGCGCUGCAGAGUGCAUGACCCACCCCUGGCUGUGGCAGCAGCAGCUCUGUCUGAGCCCCGAGCCGGCCGCCUCCCGCACCGGGAGGAGCUGUGGCACCAAGUGGACAGCUCCACCCGAAGACCCCGAAGACAAGGAGAACUUCCUGGAGUCGCCUCACUCUCACGCGAAAAAGUUUCGCUUCGACGAGGAGACGCCCGCUGCUGGAGACGGUGACUUUUGAAAAGUUUGAAAGAGAAGGAAUUGAAGUAAUAAGGCAGGGGUUCUUCCUCUGAGCUUUUAAAUUCUUUUUAAGCCUCCAGAAAACCAGCUGUCUGCUGCCCACCACUCAAGAGUACUUAGGCUGUUUAUAUUCCACUAAUUUGAUCAGCUGCAAGAUCGACCACUCAAACCAAAGAUAACCAGCUAAAUUUUGAAAUCUGUUGCUGUUAAGAGGUGUGAACGUUGUACAGUAUGUCUCAAUUAAUGCAGUGUGUUUAACCUGAAGUAUUUAAUUCCUUUCGUUGUUUUUUUCAAAGGGCCGUGUUAGCUGUCCCUAUGCAGAUGAAGGCUAGCGUCGAGGAUUUCUAGGGAACUCUAUGCAAUACUUGUCAUGCAUUGUACGUCUUUGCCUUAAGGUGGGAAGUUAAGUGUCGUUAGUCAUCAGCUCCAGUCGCUGCUCAGCUGCACUGGAGCUUCAGCAGAUACACGUGAUAUCAAGAUAAGCAGCUCUGCAAUGAGGAAGUGUGAUCACAUCUUUAUUUGCAUGUUGACGAGAAUUAGGCGCAGCAGCGUUAUGGGGAACCUGAUGUAGGCGGCUAACACAUGCUGCUGCCCAUGCUAUGGUUGUGUUUCCCUUUAAAGACAGGAUUUCACACAGAACAUUACAUUCCGAUGUUUGUCUUCGCACUUGAUGUCAAACUUCCAUGUCCACGUGUGCUACAGAUUGAGAGUUUAAAUGUAGCUCAGGGUUUUAGAUGAGAUGUCUUUUUAUAACCUAACCAUAGUGUAGCCCCCCUUCACAAGACCUGAGAAGGCCUCCACAUCUCUCUUGAGUUUAGGUUAUUAUGAAGUUUUCUAGAAGAAAACCGCUCCGACAGCGAGGCCUGGAGUGAGCAGCGGGCAUUCACGGCAUUACUGUUUGUGCUGCCGCAGUAAAACAGAAACUGCACCAGCUCCAAAAGAAGCAGUGACUCAAACAGUCGUCCGAACGCCACACCCGCAUCUACUCAGUUUCCUCACUGAGCCGCAAGUUCCUCUUUGUUAAACACGACUUUAGCACUUACUUCAUAAGCACACGUAUGGAAGCGAUAAGGGGAGCUAUUUCUGUGCGUCCUCCACAGGUCCACUGUGUCUUUCACCAAAGCCAUUCAGUCUGCAAGUCCUCAUGGGUCAGGGUGCCUGAAGCGAUCUGUUCCUGUUGUUGUUCAUCUCAGGGCAUGCUGCUCACUCUCUGCUCACUUUUGUUUUGUAUUCUUAAUGUUAUUCUUAUUAUAGGCCUAUUAUUAUUUAUGUGCUGGACUUAUACUUUAUAUUUUUUAUGUAAAUGCGCUCAUGUGUCUUAUAGGGAAGCGUUGAGAUUAUGAUGGGAGCCUGGAGAUCGAGGGUGAUUAAGGUGUUUAUUCAACACAACGAGAUGCUGUUGUGGUUGCAGCGUACGGAAUAAUAAAUGGAAAUAGUGGAAGACGACGAGAAGGACUGGUUUUAAGGUGGCGUCGGGAAGUGAGAUGAGUCAGGAGGAAGGUGAUUAAGUAGUGGGAUGGAACUGGAAAUGUGUCAGUCUAGAAAGAAGAGUUUGAAGGAAUAGUUAGACUUUAGAGGGAACGCGUUUCCUGACUGUUUCUUUAAGUUCUGAUGUUGAGCGUUUAAAAUAUGCGGGUGAUGAGAAAGUGAGAAUGAUGAUUGUUGUUGUUAAGUUUUAGGAAAAAAACAAAAAAAACAAAAAGCAGGGUGUUUAUCCCAAGAAGCACGGCAUAAUGUGAAACACGAGGUGCUAUUGACUCACAGGAUUUGCCAUCUUUUGUUCAAGUAAAACUGGAAUGAAACAAAACCUCACCAAAAUCAACUCUUAAUUGCGCUUACCCUCUGGCUAAAGCAUUCCUCUUUUUUUUUUUUUUUGGUUUUAUUGUGCCAAACCGAAUAGGACCACAUUGCAUUUGUGUGUUGUUGUUGUCACCAGCUGGCACAAUGGCCUUUGUGAAGUGAGAUGGGCGUCUCCAGCCACGGCCAUGCUCUCAUCCGUAUGCUGUCAUCCUUGAAAACUGGAACACCACACUGUAAAAGAAUUCCAUCUGAGUUUAGAUCAGAACUCGUUGAUUGAGUUCAUCAGUUUGAUACAGUCCCUUUUUUGCUACUGUAUUAGGAAAUAAGCUUGAAUCUUACUUAAUCUCAAGACUCUUUUUUUUUUUAUUAUUAUUUCGAAGUCUGUCCACUCUGCGUUUUGUAAUACCUCUACAAACGGACGACAAUGUCUCUGACGCAAGUGAAGCUAUCUCUCUCUCUCUCUCCUCCUGUAGCAGAGUCUGUAAAAAAAAUAGAUGUUUUAAGAUGUAAGUAGUCGAAUCCAGAGAGUAGAUGAACUUGUUUUGCAUUGCAGUGAUGUCAGGGAUCUCACUUUGCCGGAUGACGGAGUGCUCAAAUGGACACAGCGGCUCAUGUUUGCUGCCAUUGUUUAUCUGUCACUUGAACAUGACUUAUGCUGUAGCGUUGAGCUCGUUGUUUUGCACAGCUAUUGUACUGUGUUAUUUUCAGCAGCUAGUCACUCGGUGGCCUCUGUGUGUGUGUGCGAGUGUGUGUGAGUGUGUGUGUGUGAGCGUUCAUUGUCUGAGCGAGAGGUGCUCAGCUGGCAGCAGCCGGGCCGUCGUCCUCGAGAAAGUGGAGCGCCACUGAUGUCACCCAACAUUCCUGUUUGUUCUCUUUGAGCGCAGUCAGACUGAAGGAUACUGUACGUUAGUAAAAAAAAAAUAACAGCCACAAGCACAAGCAAAUAAAUGUUGAAGAGAUGUAUGUUUA